CUUUGCAAGAUGGAGUCUUUUUACAAAGGACACCAUAACGUGGUUUAUUUCAAGGAGGACCCAGAGUUGACAGAUAUAGUGUUUAUUGUGGAGGAUAAGAAGAUUCACUUGACCAAGUCAAUCCUGAUACGAGCUUCUCCAGUUUUCCGUGCCAUGUUCACGUCUGACUUCAAAGAGAAAAACGAAAGUACAGUUAAAUUCCCGGGAAAGAAAUAUGAAGAUUUUGUGUUGUUUCUCAGAUGUUUUUAUCCUGGGGAGCAUAUUAAACUAAAUGAUAGAGGUCUUGAACAAGUUCUUCCUUUAGCCAGGGAGUACGGAAUGGACUCUUUGUUGACAUCUGGCCAGAAGUGGAUGCUUGAAGAAGUAAAAACCCGUAUGAAGGAUGUUUCAUUCAUCAUGAAGUGCUUUUAUCUAGCAGCAGAAUAUGAAUUUAAAGAACUAUACUCAAAAAUGCUAUAUCGCUUGGAAGAUAUAAAUGUCAGUAUGUAUGCAAAUGAUAAAUAUUUCAGUAUGCUAUCACCAAGAAACAAAGUUGAACUUCUUGAAAAGUGUUGUCUAAUCGUAGAAAAAGAAAAUAAGGUUAUAGAGGAAAAACACGAGGAACUCGUCAGACAAGUGACGUCUUCACAAGGUCCUUAUGAAAAAGAACAAAAGAGAAUCGAGGAUCUCGAAAGAACAUACAAAAUGGUAACCUGCAAAUUUUGUGGUUUUCGAGUGGAUAAGGUCCUUCAGGCCCACGGCUCAAGUAAACCUUUCUAACCAAAUGA